AUGUUCCGAAGACUUGAUGGUAAAGCAUUCCGUGACCUCAUCUGUUUGCGACAACAAUCCUCCUACGGCAAAGCCACAACACAAUCUAUCUAUCUAUCUAUCUAUCUAUCUAUCUAUCUAUCUAUCUAUCUAUCUCAGUAUCUUCAUUAUCUACCUCGGUAUCUUCAUUAUCUAUCUAUCUAUUUAGCUAUCUAUCUCAUUUCCUCUCUUUGUGUCUUUAUUUCUGGCCCUAACAACACUAUCUAUCUAUCUAUAUAUAUAUAUAUAUAUAUAUAUAUAUAUAUAUAUAUAUAUCUUCAUUAUCUAUCUCGGUAUCUUCAUUAUCUAUCUAUCUAUCUAUCUAUCUAUCUAUCUAUCUAUCUAUCUCACUUCCUCUCUUUGUAUUUCCGGUGUUUCAUUUUGAUUCUUCUUCUUUUCUUUCUUUCUUUUCUUCUUUUUCUUUUUCUUCUUUCUCUUCUUCUUUUUCUUCUUUUCCUUCCUUUUCUUCUUUUUCUUUUUACUGUAUCUCUUUUACUUCUUUUUUACUUCUUUUUCUUCCUCUUUUUCUUCUUUCUCUUCUUUUUCAUUUUCUUCUUUUUAUUUUUCUUCUUUUUUCUUUAUCUUUUUUCUUUCUCUUUUUUCUUCUUUCUUUCUUCUUGA